AAGCAGUUUUCGUUCAUUCAUCGUUUGUAGAACUCUGAAUUGUUUCGUGCUCUUUCAAUUUUGCAUUAAAACUUUAUUUUCGGAAUGAUUGCCAUCACAUAGUUGAUUAAACAUAAAAGUUAGUGUUACUGAAAUAAUUAUAAGCUUUAAAACUGCGUUCUGUGAUAUCAAAGUGUCUAAAUAACGAACUCUUUAUAUUCUAGUUGUUUAUUUUUCUAAGUGUAACUCUCCGCGCUUGUAUAGGGCUACGUACGUGUUGUUUUCAGCAAUGGCUAAUAAAUUAUACUUAAUCGUAGCGUUGAUAUGUGUAUUACCUAUAAUCUAUGCCUGCAAUGAAGCUAUAUGUGCAAGUGUUGUCUCUAAAUGUAUGUUGACUGGAUCUUGUAAGUGCGAUUUAAAAGACUGUUCGUGUUGCAAAGACUGUUUCAACUGUCUCAGUUACUUAUACAGUGAGUGCUGCAGUUGCGUUGAUAUGUGUCCAAAACCAAAUGAUACACAAACUGAACUAUCCAAGUCUUCAUAUGUAGAAGAACUCGCUGAUGGGGUGCCUGGCUUAUUCUCUGCUUUGACAAGUGACAUAGAUCCACAAGAGCGAUGGCUGUCUAUAACAUAUCCUGUUGAUAUUGACUUGUCUGUGUAUCGUCCGACUCCUGAAAAACAAGUGGUUUAUCAUCUACAAAGUGUGGAGACAGAUUCCGAGCCAGUGAACCGAGACAUCGUUACGCUGAAUUGCACCGUUGCUUACAUGUCGCAGUGCAUGUCGUGCGACAAAUGCCGGGCGUCAUGUCGCUCUAUGGGCGCCCACAGUAUAAGAUGGUUCCAUGAUGGCUGCUGUGAAUGUGUCGGUGAGAAGUGUCUGUACUACGGUAUCAAUGAAAGCAGAUGUUUGGCAUGUCCGGGGGGUAAGGCGACCACGGACAACGCUCUCGACGAAGACUUAACGUACGAUGACUUCGACUACGGCGAGGAAGUCGACGCUCAGUCUCUCUAAUGGCAAUUAUAUCAUAGAAUUUUAAGUUUCAUACCACACUGGUCACUUAAGGCGCUGUUAUUACCUUCUGGUAUAUUUUUUAUCUAAUUUAAACUCAAACUUAUAUUUAUAUGUAUAAAUUAUAGACUUGAAAACAUGUUUAUAAAAUUAUUUAAACGUGAUUCGAUGUUUAUUUGACAGAUUGUUAUUUAAAUACGCAAAUAAAAUAAUGGACCGCCAGGACACAAAGGUUCCAUAGUAAAUAUUCUUACAUUUACAAAAGUGCUAAUAAUAAACAUAUGUGCUUAAUUAUGAACCCGUUACUACAAGAAAAUAUUGUCUAUUAUAAAGUGCUUUAAAUUUACUGAAAACUGUUAUCAAAGGAGAAUCUCUAAAAUUAAAUAAUGGGCUCAGUACACAUAUUUGCAUUUGACGUUGUCAACGAAUAUCAGAACUUCAGAUAGAUUUCCAACUUUCAAAAAUGUUUUAUUGGAGAAACUAAAAUUAGAUAAAAUUGACAAUGUUAUUAAAUGAAUUAGAGAUACAUUUAUCUAAAUUGAUAUUGUAGUUUUGAUUUUAAAUCUUAUAGCGUUAAAAUUAGUAUGCAAAAUUAUUUGCGGUCUAUAAAAUAUAGAAACCUUAAUGAUUUAGUGUAGCUAAUUAAAAUAUCUAACAUAGUCCUUAAGUGACGAUGGUGAUAAUACAUUAUUGAUAUUGUAACAUGUACCUUAUUGAAAAUUUAUUCUUCCGUUUAGUUGUAUUUAUAAAAAAAUAAGUAAGUAUUAAUAACUUUAUUAUGUUUUAUAAAAUAUGGUAAUAAAUAAAUUCUCUUGUAAUAAGGUCGCAUAUAGAUUAACUUUCCUUAUUUAUAUUUGGAUCGAUCAAAUAUUUUUUAUAGUGUUUUACUUUCCGUUCUGCAGCAUAAAUAAAGGAGCAUAUAUCAAAUUGUCGUUUAAAAAUUCGUUCUAUUUUCGUCAUUGUGCCUUAUAAUAAAUUUUAAAGAUUUAUAUAAUGUUAUACCUAACCUUGCCAUCUCUCUGUGAAUAGGAAGUAAUGCUGUUGUGUUUUAUUGCAAAGACAACAGCGUUAUUUGAAUUAUAUUAUUAUCAAAAAGAGUUAUGAACAUCAAUGUGAACGGUGAAAAUACCGCUGAUAAUGGUAUUGCAACAUCCAAUAAAUUUGCUAGAAUUUAAGGAAAUUGCGAUGACUCAUUAUGGGUCAUUACGAGCUUCAAAAUUCAGAAUUAUUGACUAUCUCAACUUUCAUAAUUUAUUUAUCCAUGUGAUUCAGAUACUCAUACGCCCUUAGAGGUCGGUUUAAUAUUCAGUAAUUUUAUAAAAUAAUCUAACGUUUUAAAUUUAAAAAGCUUCACUUACUGUAAACAUGACUGUACGUCAGGUUACCACAAUAUUUCAAAUUUAUGUAAGUGAUCCACUCUAUUCUCAUAUUAUUAAAGUUUAAAAUCAAGAAGACAAGUGUGACAAUUUUGUAUAAUCUGACGUGCUGUUGACUGUACAUCAAAACAAAUGAAACCGUGUACUAUUGAGCGGAAAAUUAUUUGAAACGAGUCUAUAGAAAAUAUUUAUGUAAUGUAAUUAGUGAUAACAAUAGGUAUGCAAUCUUAAAUGUAUUUUUUGUCGUAUUAAUUAUAGACAUUUAUAACACACCAAUAUGUUAAUAUUGGUAGCAAAGGUAUCUCUUAAUUACUUAAUAAUUUUAUUGUUAACCAAGUUUUAAUUGUCGUGUUCUAUGAGUUAUGUGACAGAAUAAAACUUGAAAAAUACGUAACCUUUUUAAAUUACAUACGAUUUUCUUCAUUUUAUAGUAUCAAUAAUUUAAAAAUUGUAUUUCAAUAUAAUGGUGGAAUUAUUUCACUGUAUUUGUGACGGUUAAAUAAUUCAUACACUCGUUUAAUUUCGUAAAAAUAAUUAAUUGAAUAAAUUUUAAAAUGAUUUAAAAUGUUAUACUUUUGUAUAUGGUAUGAAGCGCAUAAAUUCAUAUUAUUUUUGAAGCUUUUUAUAAGAAAUAUCUAGUUGUUAGUAAUUAUCUUAAUUAAGCUUUAAUAAUAAGAAUCUUUCUGUAUUGUCGAUCAUUUUCGCAAGUGGACUAUAAUUUUAAGUUUUGAUUUAAUCAUAUCAGAUGGAAAAUGAGAUUUUGUAACUCAGUGAACAGUUUGAUGUAACUUCAAGUGCUACUUAUUAUUUAUAAAUUUUUUUGUAAAAUCACGAUAGAAUAUAUCAAGCCUGUAAAUUUUUGCCCUUACUCAUCUAGAAAUAAUUUUAAUUUAAUUGAAAUUCUUUAGUUAAAUAAAGAAAUAACUUUAUAUUUAUCGGAUCCGUCCUUUUCUUGUAAUAAAGUUCUUUGAAAGUUUUAAUGAAAUAUAUAAGGAUAAUUUUUUAAAUGUACAGAAAAAUAUUGACCUAUCAAAUGAGUCUCCGCGUGCCAAAUGUAUUGCUUGUACAAAAUAUGCCAUUAUUUUAGAAUCUCAUUUUUUAUAUAAACAAAAAACUUAUACAAAGACUUACUGAAACUGGUUUUAGAUCUUUUUCGUAUUUAUUUUUAAUUCUUACUACAUUUAUGAGAUGUUUCCAGCUCCAUAAAGUCGCGGUCUCACAGAGAUGUAUUAGAAUCUUUAUCGAAUGGUAAACUGUGUCUUAUCUAGUAAAAUUAAAAAUUUUAAAGAGCUAGGUGGCGUUGGUCGAAUAUCCAGCUAGUUAAGUUAAUUAUCAAACUUCGUAUUCCUUGUGAUUAGGAGAAAUAAAAAUCCAUAUACAAUUAUACAACAUCUAGAAGAAACGCAUUAACAAACACCAAUUUUGAGUAAAAUGAAAUCACUACAUCUAUAGUAAAAUGUAACCGUUACAAACAUUACAUCUGGAAUAAAAUGUAUUAACAAACACUACAUCUAGAGUAAAAUGCAUUAUCAAAUACUACAUCUAGAGUAAAAUUCCGUAACAAACGCGUGAAAAAUUAGAAUGGUUGCAGUAUUUAUUUAACGUCCACGCAAUAUAUUGGUUGUCAUUGUAUUACCAGUUAAAGUCAGAAAUAAGAUAUAACAGUUUAUUCAUUUUAUGAAUCUUGUUAUUUUAGAAAGUUUUGUGAGAUAGUUUUGGUUUUUCGCGAUGUUAAAUUUUUUGUCAAAGCGCAUCAUUUAUAAAUUUGGUAUAUCGAUACAAACAAGAUGUAUAUUCAGUUGCAUGAUUCAGACGCAUGACGUGAGUACGCGACUUUAUGAGCAUAAGAAAAUAGUAGGUAGGUAUUAUAGUUAUUUGCCAUAAUGUAAUUUGUCAUAUUGCUUUAUUUGGUAGUAUUAUUGAUGUAUGACUCUCGUGCCUUUUUUGAUGUAUAUUAUAUUUUAUACGAUUUGUAUACAAUUUUUUUAUGUAAUGCUUUUAUUAUAAAAAUAAACUGUUUUGUAGCUAUACUGUAUUUUUAAUUAUUGUGGACGCUGAAUUAAUACACGUCGUGAAACCCUCGAGGCGAUAGGAUUA